CCCUAGUCUCGCCCCCUUCGAUAGUCCCAGCACAAUCCCUGAUUUCCGAGCGCUGGUAGACCGGUAUGAGAUUCCAAGCGGAUUUGUGUUGGAGAGACUGCAGGGAGUGACGCACUCCUUCGGCGCGUCGCUAGCCAGAGACGGAUCGCAAGGUGAGUAGUAACCAAGUAACGUCACCCUCCAAGGCCUUGACGAUAUUCGCUCUAUGUAGCCUGGCUGCAGCAACUUGGACAUCAUCUAAACGCUUUAAACCAGCGGUAUGGAUGCAUUUUCUCUGCACGGCGUCUUCCCCAGAUGCCGAAAACGCAGAGUGGCUCAAGUCCGCGGCUGUCCUGAAAUGGUCAACGCCAACAGCCAACCGUCAAACACCCAAUAAUCAGGAUAAACGCCACGCGAAUGGUCCUGUUACUCUCAUAUGUUUUCGGCCGGUGGAGGGUAUCUGCGAGCGGAUCUUCCACCUCGCACAAGAAUCCAAUUGGGGAGAUGUCCUUCAAGACCCGUAUCUAUUGCUCGAUAUGGUGUAUGAAUCAUGGUGUCUCCGUCUGGACGAGAGUGCCUGGAAGACAAAUAAUCUUUGCCAAAAUAUCGAAAAGGAUACAUUUAAAGGCACCAGAGACCUUGAUGCGAGUUUCCCGGGCCCAUCAGUCGUCGAUCUCUAUUACGUCCACACGAUUGCCAAAAAUGCGAUCUUUAUGCUGGAAGCCGUUGAUGCCACGCUUCGGUCACUCGACGCAGCCAUCGCACAUCACCAAGAGCUAUCAUAUACCCUCUCUCCCCCACAACAGAAUUAAGAAGAAGGAGAAUAGGAAAAUUCUCCAUCUGGUGAAUGGAACAUCGGAUAAACGCUCCCCAAUAUGGAGAGCCACGCAAGGCAUGCUAUGCUGUUGCACCGCAGGGAGCUUUUCCAGGCGACCAAAUUGCGCACCAUUAGUGUUGAAAAGCGGCUAACCAGCAUUAUCAACCUCGUAUGCUUUCUUUCCG